GGCGCAAGGCGGCAGGUCCGGCGCGAUGGAGGGUGUCGCUGGCGGCGCGUAUGGGGCGGCCAAGGCCGGCGGUAGCUUCGACCUGGGUCGCUUCGUGCAGCAGCCGCAGGUCCUGACACGGAUUGCCAGCGCGAUCUUCGCCCUGAUCGUGUUCUGUUGCCUGGUCGGGGAGGGCUACACCAACGUGCCCACCUCCUCCCAGCUCUUCUGCGUCUUCAACCGCAACGAGGAUGCUUGUCGCUAUGGCAUCGGCAUCGGCGUCCUUGCCUUCCUCGCCUGCAUCUUCUUCUUUAUGGUGGACGCCUACUUCCCCCAGAUCAGCAACACCACCGACCGCAAGUAUUUGGUCCUGGCAGACCUCGGCUUCUCAGGUCUCUGGACAUUCCUGUGGUUUGUUGGCUUUUGUUUCUUGACCAACCAGUGGUCCUCGACGCCGGCUGAGGAUGUGUACAUUGGGGCUGACUCAGCUCGAGCUGCCAUUACCUUUAGCUUUUUCUCCAUCUUCUCCUGGGGCCUCCUGCUUGCCUUUGCUUACAAGAGAUACAAAAUGGGGGUGGAGGACUUUGUUCAAAGCUACAUUGACCCCACCCCAGAGGUUUCAACCCCGUACUCCAGCUACCCCAACAUCAGCCAUGACAGCUACCAGCAGCCACCCUUCACCCAGACAGCAGAAGGCCCAGAGGGUUACCAGCCCCCACCGGUGUACUGAGCCCUGGUGGGGACCGCUGUACCAGUGCAAUUCUCUUCGAUGUGGUGGGAGGGGAGGGACCUGUGACUUGAAGGGGGCAUGUGGGGUGGGAGGGUGACAGCUGCUUUGUGUGAUGGCCACUGGGCCUUGGUGCUGGGGUGCAGGGUGGGCAUGGUCCAAGUGAUGGAGCUGAGCUCUCCACCUCCAGAAUCCAGAGCUUGUUGCAUAGAGGAUGAUUCAGCACAUGUUGGGUGAUUUGUAACUACUGAUCUCAGCCCUGCAGCUCCAGAGAGGGUGUGUGUAGAGUGGCCCCAGCCAAGUUCCUGCUCUGGAUGUUGUGCCUUGGGGGAAGCAGUGGGGUGUGGUUUGUCCCCUCAGCUUUACCCUUGUCACUGCUGCCCUGGCUUGUCCUGGCACUGGUGCCUUUCCAGCCCUGCUGGCUGCAACUCUUCAAGUGCUGGCCUGGCUGCUGCAGCACAGCCGGGUGUCCAGCUCCUGCCUUCCACCAGCUUCCCAUGCCUUCCCCUGUGGCUGCUGCUGGGUGAGCCUGAUGCCAAAGCCCUCUCUUCUGACUGCAAAAUCCCCUGCUGUGCCUUCCACAGUCUGUGAUAGAGCUGCUGGUGCUCAGAUGAUGUGGUUUGGGACCUGUGGGAGCAGUGAGCACUGGGAUCUCAGCAGGGCUGUGUCUGAGGGAGCUCCUGGAGGGCUUUCCUGUUGACAGAGUACUUGGCACCCCUUGAUGGCUUCCCACCAAGCACUGCAUAUGCAGUGGUGAGGCUGCCAUCCCAGGGCCCUGCUCACAGCCUGUGCUUUGGCUGCCCCCAGGGUACCCAGGCAGGCUGGUCAGCUCAGGUUGUUUUCUGCUGUUGCAAAGCUGUUCCCAGCAGCAGUGUGCGGUGUGUGAGCUGUCGCUGCUGGGGCUGGCCUUCAAAUAGCUCUUUGUUUGUCACUGUAGAGAUGGAUUAAACUUUUUCAC